GCGUCUUUCAAGGAGCGAGCCCGAAAGAUUGGGGUCACACCUGAGGUCUUACAGGAGCUGGCCGAGGGAAGCUCCAUCGCCAUAUCAAACUUCGUGUCUGAGGCGGUCGAACCUCCAGCUGAAAACAUUGUCAGACGGUUGCCUGCCGCAGAGCGGGCUGCCAGGGCACAGGCGCAACAGGCGAGGUUGGCUGGAGUGGUGUUCACUCCGGAUACAACUCCGGCUAACUGCUUGGUGGAUGUCUUCGUGGAUCAGCUAGAGAGCGAUAUCUUGCAGUACAUAGGCCCUGAGCGCUGUGUGUCCCGUUCGCAAGAAAUGAUGUCUGUUAAAAAGGACAAGACCCUCAACGUCGACCCCGAGGGUCGGGUCCGUGUCACGGCCAAGCCCAACGAGCUCAGGUGCGAGACUUCUUCGGAUGCCAAGCUGAGAGCUGCCUGGGGUCGUCGUUCGCUGGCAAUGGAUCUUGCAGGGAUUUGCUCAUAUAUUGAGAUUGAGAAGUGGGUGCAACACUUGUUCUCAAUUCAAGCUCGCGAGGUGCCGAAGGGAAUGGCACCCAUCAGUGUCAAUCAGCUCAUACAAGCUGACCGUGCUUUGUUUCUUCACGCAUCAGAGAAGCUUAUGGGUCAGCUGUCAGCUCCUGCAGGUGCUCCUAAACCUUUGGAUGGUGUCAUAAAGGAUCUUAUGCAUUCCCAAGAGGUUCUACAGUUCGUGCAGCCGGUACCGCGAGUGCCGGAUCCCCCGCAACCUUGGCAACCUUGGAAGCCCACUGGAAAGGGUCGCAAAGGCAAGGAUGACCCUAAGAAGGGUAAAGGCGACCGCACCACUACUCCUACCAAGGACCAGUCGACUGCCACCGUGGGUGGUACCGUGCCAUCGCCCGCAGCUGAGGGUGGGGGCAUAAUCGUUGAGGAUGCGCAAGGCCCCGAACAUGCCACUUAUCGGGGACGAGUCUUGUCAGGCCGGGUCGUACCUUUUGUGAAUCAUGUGCUGCAGUUUGAUGCUCAGUCCCAGCGUCACUGGACUCAGCCUUGGAAGGGGACGCGUCAGGUGCUAGUGGCAUAUAGCGUUUCCAUCAAGGGGCUCCAUCAACCCGACCUUGACUUCUUGCGCAGCUUGAACUUUCAGUUGCCCGCGCCCAUCGGCGACCCACACGUGCUGCCCGAUGCUCGACCAUGGGCAUUCGAAAUCUUUGCGGGGUCCGCUUCCUUGUCCAAAGCUUGGCAUAAUGCAGGUUUUCGGGUUUUGGCCUUUGAUGUGCAUGUUCGCGGUGCUGGUAUGCCAAUUGUGCCAUUAGAUCUUACUCAGGCUUCUGCGGUGAGCAUUUUGUGGGACUUGAUCCGACGAGUCCAGCCUGUCUUCGACUCCAUGCAGCACUACUGCGACAACAAGCACGAGCACGCUCCAUGGAGUGUGCAACGCGUCAACGGCCGGUGGCACUUUGCCACCGCCUCCGAGGCUGCAUACCCGGCCCUCAUGGCGGCGAUGGAGCUGGAACAUCCUUUUGAUGUCAAUCACGCGGUUUCUCCCUUCACCGUUGAAGCCAUUGACUUCUUGAUGAGCUCAAGCCAUGAACAGGUGGUGUUGCAUCGCAAGUUAGCCUUGCUCAAGCUGCAGCUGCUCAUUAAGAGAACUGAUAAGGAGGAAGCAGCCCUGCAUGAGAGCAUGCCUCCGUCGGUUGCAAAGGUGAUGCGUGGGAAGAAGCUAGUGGCCCUGAAACUUCUACUUGAGCAGGAAGGGUAUGAUGACUUAGAGUCCCUACGUUUCCUUACCGAGGGAGUAAAAGUUAUGGGUUCAGAGGCUCACCCCCCGUGUUUCGACAAGAAGGUCAAACCUGCCACACUGACCGAGAUGGAUCUGCGAGAAACAGCUGAGGCGAGAAGGCGGGCCAUCACAGGCAGCAGCACAAGGGAUCAUUCUUGCAAAGCCUCCAUCCUGCAGGAGGUGACGCAGGAGGAAGUAAACCUUGGGUUUCUUGAUGGGCCGUACUCUGCUGAUGAAAUUUCCAAUUUGGUAGGGCAUGAAAACUGGUGUGUCAUCCGCAGGUUUUUGAUUGAGCAAGGAGCCAAGCAUCGUCCGAUCGAUGACGCUUGCCAAUCUCAAACCAACGCGGCAUACAGUGCAACUAUUAAGUUAGAAUUGCAUAAUGCCGACGACAUUGCAUGCAUUGCCCUCUUGAUUGCGAAGAAGAUCAAAGAUGGAGAGCAAAGGUUUGGGUCAGGCGAGUGGACAGGCAAGUGGGCGGAUGGUAAAGACCGUUUCUAUCUCCCUAACUCCUUGAUGUUUGGCGCGUCAGCGGCCGUCUUCGGGUUCAUUAGGGUAAGUAGGUGUUUGCACUUCUUGGUCAACAAGAUCUUGAAAGUUCCUUCGGCGGUUUACUUCGACGACUUUCCCCUUUUCACUCCGGUGGAAGGGGCAGAGGCGAUGGACGAAGCCGACGGAGUGGCUGGCAUAGGCGCUUGCAUUUGGGACCCCUUGGUUAAGGUUGGCAGGGUUCUUUCGGGUUUCGUUCCUUCGUGGGCUUGGGACACUUGGAGGGCGGAUAUCGAACCCAGCGACAAGGAGCCUCAGCUGAUUUGCCACAUUGAACUCUUCGUGAUAGUAGCUGUGCGUUGGAUCUUCAGCGAUCAGUUCCUGAACAGGAGGCUCAUUCUGUUUGUGGACAAUGAAGCUUCGAGGUUUGCUAUCUUGAAAGGUGGCAGCGGCAGCAGAGGAAUGAAUGCUCUCACACGAGCGUUCGAUUCCUUAGAUGUGACGCAUCCGUGCUUCUACUGGCUUGAUCGAGUUCCUUCGUUCAGCAACGUAGCGGACGGCCCUUCAAAGCCUCCGGCUCAACGGUGUGUUUUGUUGGGGAGGGGUUGUUUUUGUACAUAG